CGCGCUUUCCUCGCUCGGCCGCCAGGCUCCGCUCCUUCCUCCUCAGGUCGCAUGUCUUGGGUACGGAUUCCCGUCGCAGCCAGAGAGCCCCACGAGCUCGGGUGGCCGAAGUUCCUUCGUGAGGACGGCAGGUGACCCCGGAGGCCCAAAUGAAUUCAGUGACCUUUGAGGAUGUGGCUGUGAACUUCACUCAGGAGGAGUGGGCUUUGCUGGAUCCUUCCCAGAAGAAUCUCUACAGAGAUGUGAUGCAGGAAGUCCUUAGAAACCUGGCUUCUAUAGGAGACAAAUGGGAGGACCACAAUGUUGAAGAUCAGAACACAUAUCCUGGGAUAAAUCUAAGGCCCAUCGUAUCUCACUCUGCAAACAAACCAUAUGAAAAUGAAGAGUAUGUAGGGAAGCUGCAUGAAUGUAAAUGGAUCAGAAAAUCUUUCAUUUCUCUCACAAAAGCUCAAAGACAUACUGGAGAGAUGGCUCAUACAUGGAAACGACAUAGUAAAGCCUUCAUUAACCUUAAAGUACACAAACAAACUCAUACAGGAAAGAAGCCCUAUCAAUGUAAACAAUGUGGAAAAACUUUUACUACUUAUUCUUGCCUUCAUAUACAUGAACGAACUCAUACUGGAAAGAAGCCCUAUGAAUGUAAACAAUGUGGGAAAGCCUUCACUCAGUCCAGUCAUCUUCACUCACAUGAACAAACCCAUAUUGGAAAGAAGCCCUGUGAGUGUAAACAAUGUGGAAAAGCCUUUUGUAGUUCCUCUUACCUUCAAAUACAUAAACGAACUCAUACUGGAGAGAGGCCCUAUGAAUGUAAAAUAUGCGGAAAAGCCUUUGCUUCAACCAGUCACCUUCACUCACAUGAAGGAACUCAUACCAGAAAGAAGCCCUAUGAAUGUAAACAAUGUGGGAAACCCUACACUAGGUCCUCUUACCUUCAUAAGCAUGAACGAACUCAUACUGGAGAGAAGCCCUAUGAAUGUAAACAAUGUGGGAAAGUCUUUCCCUGGUCCUCUUACCUUCAAAUACAUGAACGAACUCAUACUGGAGAGAAGCCCUAUGAAUGUAAACAAUGUGGAAAAGCCUUCACUACAUCGUCUAACCUUCAAAUUCAUAAUCGAAUUCACACUGGAGAGAAGCCCUAUCAAUGUAAGCAGUGUGGCAAAGCCUUCACUCAGUCCAAUCAACUUCACUCACAUGAACAAACCCAUACUGGAAAGAAGCCCUAUGAGUGUAAACAGUGUGGGAAAGCCUUCAGUUGUUCCUCUUACCUUCAAAUACAUAAACGUACUCAUACUGGAGAGAGGCCCUAUGAAUGUAAAAUAUGUGGAAAAGCCUUUGCUUCAUCCAGUCACCUUCACUCACAUGAACGAAGUCAUACAGGAAAGAAGCCCUAUGAGUGUAAACAAUGUGGGAAAGCCUACACUAGGUCCUCUUACCUUCAUAUACAUGAACGAAUUCAUACUGGAGAGAAGCCCUAUGCAUGUAAACUAUGUGGAAAAUCCUUCACUACGUCGUCUAACCUUCAAAUACAUAAUCGAAUUCACACUGGAGAGAAGCCCUAUGAAUGUAAGCAGUGUGGCAAAGCAUUCGCUCAGUCCAUUCAACUUCACUCACAUGAACAUACUCAUACUGGAAAGAAGCCCUAUGAGUGUAAACAAUGUGGAAAAGCCUUUUUUAGUUCCUCUUACCUUCAAAUACAUAAACGAACUCAUACUGGAGAGAAGCCCUAUCAAUGUAAGCAGUGUGGAAAAACCUUCAUUGCUUCCCUUUACCUUCAGGUACAUGAACGAACUCAUACUGGAGAGAAGCCCUAUGAGUGUGAACAAUGUGGAAAAGCCUUUGCUUCCUCCAGUGACCUUCACUCACAUGAACGAACUCAUACAGGAAAAAAACCCUACGAAUGUAAACAAUGCGGGAAAGCCUUCACUAGGUCCUCUUACCUUCAAAUACAUGAACGAACUCAUACCGGAGAGAAGCCUUAUGAAUGUAAACAAUGUGGAAAAGCCUUUACUACAACAUCUAACCUUCAAAUGCAUAAUCGAAUUCACACUGGAGAGAAGCCCUAUGAAUGUAAGCAGUGUGGCAAAGCAUUUGCUCAGUCCAUUCAACUUCACAUACAUGCACAUACUCAUACUGGAAAGAAGCCUUAUGAAUGUAAACAAUGUGGAAAAGCCUUUUGUAGUUCCUCUUACCUUCAUAGACAUAAACGAACUCACACAGGAGAGAAGCCCUAUGAAUGUAAACAAUGUGGGAAAGCCUUCACUAGGUCCUCUUCCCUUCAAACACAUAAAGGAACUCAUGCUAGAGAGAAGCCCAAUGAACAUAAGCAAUGUGGUUAACCUUCACUUAGUCCAGUCUCCUUUACUUACAUGAAUAAACUCAUACUGGGAAUAAGCCCUUUCACUACUUCAUCUUACUUUCAAAAACAUAAAUGAACUUAUACUAGAGACAAGCCCUAUGAUUGUAAGCCGUGUGGGAAAGCCUUUGCUAAUUCAUCUAGCCUUCAAAUACAUGAUUGAACUCAUAAUGGACAUAAGUUUUGUUGUGCUUUGGAUUUGAGGUUUUCACUAAAAGGUUAAAUGUGAAACAAUGCAAGAAGUUUCAGAGGAGAAAUGAUUUUCUCAUGAGAGUCUUAAACCAAUCAGUCCAUUAAUCCCUUGACAGGGAUUCACUGAGUGGUAGGGAGUGGCUGGAGGAGGUGGGAAUUGGCAAGGCUUUGGAGUAUAUAUUUGUAUCUGGCCAGUGAAGACCUCUCACUCUGCUUCCUGAUCAUCAUGUGAGCUGCUUUCCUUUGUCACGCUCUUCCAUCAUGAUGUUCUUCUGCCUUACCUCAAGCCUUUGAGGAAUGGAGACUGCUGUCUGAAUUGACCCCUUAAAUAAACUUUUCCUGCCCUACAAUUGUACUGGUUGAUUCUUUUAAUCAUAGCGUGAAAAAGAUGACUAAAACAAAUUUGUACCAAGAGUGAGGUCAUUGUUGUUAGAAACCUGAUGAUAUAUUUCAUAAGCAUUUGCAGCAUUUUGGAAUAGGAUGGAGGAAUUUUGAGAUCUUUAGCAGUUCAAGCUGGAAAUUGUAUAGGUUGUUGUAAGGGGAGCUUAAUGGCCAGUAAUGGUGGGAGCUCAAUAAGACUGUGGACAGUGAAGACAGGGCUCAAGUGUGUUUAGAGGAAAAGGAUGACAUUACUGGUGAUUGGACUAGAGGUCAUUCCUGUUAUGCUCUGGCUAAGAAGUUGUCUGCAUUUUACCCAUGUCACGAGUCUUUCGGUGAGGCUCCUUUUAAAAGUGAUGGACUUCUUAAUCUGGCAUAAGAAAUUUCUAUGUAGCAUAGCUGUCUGGUUGUGGCAUGGAUAUUGCUGGCAGCUUUUAGCCAAAUUUAUUGUAGUAAGGAGCAGAAAGCAGAACAGAAAGAUUUGGAAAAUGUGGACUUGAACAAAACAGGGACUAAGAAAGUUGCAGUUGUUAAAGACAUUACUGCCACUAAAGAAAUGCUAAAGAGUGCCCAUAGACAACAAGAAAGAUGGCCUGAGGGCGGCUCAGGAGCUGGCAAGACCACACCCUUCUCAUGAAGCUCUAGGGAAUAAUAAUGAAAAUUCUCUUGAGACCAGUGGGGCACCCUUCUUACACAAAGGGCCAUAGGAAGUUUCUUCCCCAUGCUCAGCCACCCAGACACUCACAGGCUGCUGCAGCCAGGGUCUCUGGAAGUUUGGCUACUGCUCAAGAUGGUAACAGAUUUGGGCAUCAACUAUGUAGUGCUCUCUUGACACAAAUGCAGGAUGCUUCAGUUAGGGAUUCAGGGAGGCUUCAUGAAGAUUUCAAAUAUCUGGUAGGCCAGGCAAAGUGCAUCAGGGUCAGAGUCCCUGUGGGCCUCCCCUGAGAAUUCAAAAUGUGGAAAUGUGAGGAGGAAGCUAAAGGUGAAGUGAAGAACCCAGAGAUUAAAAAAUGCCAGUAACAAGGGACAUAGUCAUAGGAAAGCAGCAGGCAUUGAGCAGAGACAAGCCAACACAAAGGCCACUUGGGCUGCAUCCACCAAGGCCAUAGGGCUAGAGCUACACAAGCUUUUGAAGAGAACAUCACAAUGCCUCGUGCCUCAAAUGCCAGAUGUGGAGCUACAGGACCUGUUUGCCCAGCUGGAUUUUGGUGUCAAUUUGAUCCUAUCCCUUCAUUCUAUGCUCCAAUUUCUGUAAAUUAAAAUGUUUAUUGUGUACCGAAAUUUUCUAAAAGUAAAGCUCAGGGGUUUUUUGUUGUUUUUGUUUACAGUUGUUACUGUCUUCAAUUGAAUAUUUCACAGUGAUCGUCCAUUCUGGUGUUUGUUUGCAUUUUUGUUUUUCACUUUUGAGAUAGGGUGUGGCUAAGUUUCCCAGACUGUAUUAGCAUAUUGCUGAGUGUCUAAGGCUGGCUUUCAACCUGUGAUUCUCAGGCCUUAGCCUCCCAAGGUGCUGGAAUUACAGGUGUGUGCCACCACACCUCGCUUCAAUUCUGUUUUAAUCAGAUAUUUUAAACCUGUUUCAACAUCUUUGGCAGGCUUCCCCAGGAUCAAAGUUUUAAAUUAAAUUUCUUCAAACUGAAGGUAAAUUUUGGACAUUUCAAAGAACCCCAGAACUUUUCAGAUGUUUAUAUUACAAAAAAGGAGCUAUUAAGCUCCUCAGGCUAAUUUGCUAAGUUGCAAUGUAUGGCAACAUUGUCAAAUGACACAAUAAUUCUAAAUUCUAUCAACGUUAUAUUGGUAUGAAUGUCAAUGUGAUUAUGUUAGAGAGUAAAUGGAAUUUAUAGCUGUCCUGAUAUGAUGCUGUCGAUCACAAUUUGGGUCAUCUUAAAAUGCUAUCUGAAAUAACUGAAUUUUUCAAUUAGUAAAAUUUCAUGUGAUUUUAACCAUUUAUUUUCUAAGUCAUUGUUAUCAGUAAACAAUGACUAUUUUGAUUUUUCUCUGAAGAUAUGCAGUUGGAUUACUGGAAAUAAAUGACUGACAAGUACCCUUCAAUACAGUUUUCUGAUUAUUUUAAGACCUUGGAGCGGUUAGACCUUCCAUCUGGGACCCUAGUUAGUGCUUAUGAGGAAAUUGCUGGAGGUGGUUUUCAUUUUAAUUGUUAAAUAAUAAAAUUUUAUUUCUGAGUUCCUCUGUGA